UUCGAUCAAAAAAAUUUUUCUAAGUCAGGACGGAGGUUCAUUCUAAGGGCACGAGCGACCGAUCGAAGCCGUGUGGGAGGCCCUGCACCCCGGUCAGGGUCCCCCUUCACCCCCUGGCGGCAUCCUCCCCUGGAAGUCUGCCCGAUGGCCCCCUCCCGCGUCUGGCGCCGGUUCAGGCCGGGCUGGAGGCCCCGUUCCUCGGGCUCAGGACCGGGCUAAGCCCCCUUAAGGACCUGGCCAAGCUCUGGUCAUGUUCAGCCCUAAGCUCUGGUCAUGUUGUUGGAACGGGAGGCUAAGUUCUAGCAAAGCUCUGGUCAUGUUGUUGGAACGGGAGGCUAAGUUCUAGCAAAGCUCUGGUCAUGUUGCGGGAAGGGGGAAGGGGGGGUUGACCCCCCGUGCCCGGGCGCCCGUUCAUGCGGGCCUGGAGGCUCCCAUUUCCGGCUCGAGACCUGGGGUUUGCGCCCUUGGCUCCUCCGUGCGUUCCCUUUCAGUCUCUGGUCAUGUCUACCUUCUCCGGAGGUGAUUUGGGAGCCAUGGUCAUGUUGAGAGGAAUUUUCGGAGGGAAAUCCCUAUCUUUAACAUUAUAUGACCAGAGUCCGGACUUUUUCGGCUCCGUCAGAAUCUAAGUUUUCAAAAAAACAUGGUCAUGUUCCCUAUCUUUAACAUUAGAUGACCAUGGCCACCUCGGGGCCGUUUGUGGAAGUCUGCCGAGGGCAGAGGCGAAAAGGGGCUGCGGGGCGGCGGCGACUCCUGUUCCCAAGGACCCGGGCCCUCCCUCCCUUCAGUUUCCCGUGUUCAAGAUACAAUGGGGGGGUCCGCGGAGAUUUCCAUCGACAAGGUUUUUUGAUCAAAAUGAUUUGACUAAGUCAGGACCCGAGGUGUCAGAAUGCAUGUGAAGGACCCGUUUGGAGCCGUUGUGUGGCGUCCGUGGCUGGGCAGGAGUUGACGGGAUUCCUCCUUGUCUUCCCGGAUGUAAUUUCUCACUUUGUGCAAGGGUCUUUCACACCCUACCGCGGACUGGGGUGAGCGGAGUUGAGUUUGGUCGCCACACCAUCACUCUCUCCGUGGAGGGGAGUCCAAGGAUUGGGCCAAAUGCUUGCGCCGUCACGGUGUACGCUGAAGCCCGUGGAUGAGGUUCUCUUUCUGGGCAAGAUGUGAGUGCGCGCCGCUGCUGUGGCCAUUGAGGGGUGGUUCACGGCCUUGGCGUCUCCACCUCCUUGCCCGAGACUUGGGGCCGAAUCCUGGGUGCUCGGUUGUGGACACGUCCGCGCUCUGUGUGGACGGUUCCUCUCCAGCUCCUUGGGUGUGAGUGCGUGCCCCACCUGUGACCAUUGAGGGGUGGUUCACGAAUUGGUCACGCCCCACAUUCCAGAGAGCCUUGCCCCUGACGUAAAGUGGCAGCCGUAAAUGACGACCAUAAAAGGCCCGCUGGGUGAGAGUCUCUCAUUUGUCUUUGGCAGUGGGAGCGAGGAGACGUGCAUGGAAUCGAUCCAAGGAAUCCUACAAACGGAGUUGACCGGAGAGAAUCCUACAAAUGGCAAAACUGAAUGGGAAGUUAGACUGCCCGAUACAAGGGUCCCUCAGUCGGUGUUUUGUCCGCCUAGACAGGCACUUCGAACGCAUUAAUGGUUUGAUGCGUUUGGACCCAUCUUGCCCAACCCUUCUGUCUGAGGCAAAAGGUCGGCAAGUUGGGGGCUCCCCUGCGGACGUGCCUGGGGCUCCGCCUGCGGACGUGCCUGGGGCUUCGCCUGGGGACUCGCCUGGGGCUUCGUCGGGUUCCUCCGAGUCUGGUUCCGAGUCUGGUUCCGAGGGCCAUCCCUGUUGUGGCCGUUCCCAGCGGCCCACAACGCCUGACCCUCCAUGUCUACGGCUGUAUCUCCAAUUCCUCACUGGCCGUCAACCCUCUUCCAAGAAGUGGGAAAAUUCGCUACAGGCAGUCCAGCACGUGCGCCUGUUCCUUGGGUUAAUGGCAGAUGCUUCCCCGGGCGAGUCUUUCGCUGACAAUCUGGCGUUCCUCAGGGACACCGAGAGAUGUCAACUGUGGUACUCGGAGCUGCUGAAGUCGGGGUGGGCGCCCACUACGGUCCACAGUUAUCUGACGGACGUAGCGAGCUUCCUCCGUUACCUCUUGGAGGCCCGACUGCCCAGCGUUUGUGCAAGGAAAAGGCACCUGAAGGCCCUGUUGUUUCUGCUCAAUGCAUUCCGCAGAGCAGGACAACGUGAGCUCAUCCUGCACCGCCAGAAAGUUGCCGAGCUCGGACAACAACGGUUGAUUCCGAAGGGCCACCUCAAGCAAUUUGACACGCGUUGCAACAAGCUGAUCCCAGAUCUCCUCCAUCUCGCUGAGACGGGGCUCAUGAACGUGGUGCCGACCCUGGUUGGAAUGAUCUGCGGUAAGCUGAUGAUCCAUAACGGUCACCGAAGGGGCGUUCUGAUGAACAUGACGGCCGGUGAGGUGGAGUGUGCCCACCACCACGAUAAUCAGUUCCACGUACGGGUGUACGAUCACAAGACAGCGGCAAAAUACGGUGCGGCUGUGUUGGUGGUUAGCGCCAGAGAGCACGGUUGGUUGCUGAGAUUCUCCGUUCUCAGAGCCACUCUCCCUGGGUACCAUCGCCAUCCGCGUUCGUUUUUUUUCACCGGCGGCGGCAAACCGGUUGCAAAUAUGGGCCGUCAUCUCAGUAGAGCGUGGGAGGCCUGCGGUAUUGGCAAGAGGGUCACAGCCGGGAUGAUUCGCAGUGCUGUAGCUACAUAUACUUGGGCUACUCACGGGGAGGUGAGCAAAGUGACCGUCUCCCGGCACAUGACCCACAGCCUGCAGACCCAGGCAUCGUUCUAUGUCCACGAUGAGGCUCCCGCUAACCAUCAGCAGGCUCGGCGUCUGAUCGAACAGAGCCUGGAUAUCUGCGAGACAGAUCCUUUGCGAAGCCCAGAGAUGGGCUCGGCCUGAUGGAACUUCGUUGA